GUUUGUUGCUUUGCUAAAGAUGGCGUUAGCGGCUAGCCACAGCGUUUGCAUUAUAUUUUCAAUUUUUUUUCGACGAUUUGUAACAAAAAUAACGAUGAAAUGGAUAUAUUAGAUGAACAUAAAGGCAUCAUAUUGAACAAAUACGUCUGUGUAAUGCAGAAUAAAGCUCGCUAGGUCUCAUCGUCGUGUAGGCCUGUUUUUCAGGGAGUGGGCCGGAAGAUCGAACUCCAUUUCCCAUCAUUUGAGGAGCCAUGGCUGGAUCAUCCUUAAAGGGUGAAUGGAAGCACUCCAGACCGCCAUCCAAAGAAGGCCACUCUCCUCCGCCAGAGUCAUCUCUGUCCUGGUGUUUGGCGCACCUCCACAGAUGUGGAUCAGGGACUGAAAACCAGGUGGAUGCAGGUGCUGGUAAAGAAAUGGACAAAAGGUUCAGAGUCUCACAGUGGCGAGCCCUGGUUGCGAUUCGGACUCAGCACAUUAAGGCUGGGAAGGCUGGAAUUGCCAAAUUCCGAGAUUAUGGUGGACUCCGGCCUUUGAUGAAUCUCCUGAAACAUUCUGAAUGCCCGAGGAAGACUUUGGACCUGGCUCUAAGCAUCCUGGGAAACUGCUGCACAGAGCUGGAUACUCGCAGAGAGGUUCGGAAGAUGGACGGGAUUAACGUUCUAGUUGAUAUCAUGAAGAGAAACGUGACUCUGGAAACGGUUCUGAACCGAGCCGCCCGGGCUCUGGGGAACUUGGCCAUGGAUCCCGAUAGCUCUCACCUUAUCCACUCUGCAGGUGGCGUUCCUCUCCUCCUGCUCUGUCUGUCCAUCUCCUCGGCUCCGCCCUCCCCCUCAGCGGCUCCUCCCACAGACUCCUGCCUCAAACUGGAGUGUGCUCAGUCGGCCGCUCGGGCUCUUCUCUACCUCUCAGACACGCCUUCAAGCCGCCUCUCCCUGAUCACCCAGGGAGCUUUCUCCGCCCUCGCCCCACUUAUCGCCCCCGAAUAUCCUCAGGGGCUGAGGCGAGCGUCGCUGAAGACCCUCCACGAGCUGAGCAGAGGCUGCGGCGUGGAAUGUGCCAGGGAGGUGUCUCGCUCGGGGGUUCUGGCUCAGCUCGGAGUCAUGGUGUCAGAGGACUCCGGUAAAGGCUUUGAAGAGCUGGCCCUGAAAACUCUGGCCAACGUGUGCGCUCAGGGCUGCCUGCGCCCCCUUGUGGGCUCGCUGGGGGUCAUUCCGAAGUUCACAGAGGAGAUCAAAAAGGACCCUCUGAAGUCAGGAGUCUUCCUCAAAGCUCUUUGCUUGUGCUGCAAAGAGGCGGUAAACCGGGCCAAAGUGAAGGAGAGCGGCGGCUUGGAGGUCCUCGUUAGCUUUUUAUCUUCUCAUCAGAACCACUCGCUCUCCAGGCUGGCCAUCCUGGCCUGUGUGGACUUUGUUUUCGACGAGGCCGCCAUGGAGCAGCUGCAGGAGUUUGGGCUCGUCCCGCUGCUCGUCGCACGGCUUGUCAGGAUCACCAGGGAAGAGGAGCAGACGGCCGAGAAGCUCGACGCUAGCUCCUUCUCCAGCACGUCUCCUAAAGAGCUGCUUGUGGAGUCCUUUGAUUUCCCUCCUCCUGAGGGGAGCAAGAAGGAGGACGCCUGUAGAGAACAAGGAUCCUCCAGCUUUCUGAGUCUAAAGUCCUGGUUGCUGUCUGAAGGGUUAAUAUCUUCUGAAGGGGAUCUUCUGGAUUCCUCUCGUGUGGAUGGAGAAUGUCUUCCCUCAUCUUCUCCAAGCUCCAGUUCUUCUCUUAAAAUCGCUCAUUCUUCUAAAUCUGCCGUCACUCCUUCUGCAUCCUCUUCCCCGGCGUUAUCCUUGUUUUCUGCUGGUUCCUCUUCGCCUGCGUUCUCCUCAUCCUCAGAAACGUACUCCUCUCCUUCUAGCGCACUGGAAUCCUCUUCCUCUGCUUCCUCGAAAACAAGCCAAGCCUCUCCGUCAAAGUUCUCCUCCCCACAGAAGAGGAGGAGGGCCAGUUCGGCGUCUCUCCUCACUAAAGUCACCCUGGACUCUCCUCCGUCUGUGCCUCGCCCGGCACCAGCCUACCAGCACCCGUACCACCCCGAGCCCUGGACUCCCGAAUCCCCCGUCCUGCUGCUGCUGUCCCGUUUCUCCCACGCCGGGGACCCGAGUGCCGCUCUGGUCAGCUCCGGCGUCAUGUCCGGGCUGCUCUACUACCUCACUCAGCACCAGGACCCGAGCAGCCGCUGCUUCCGUUUGCUCAGCCGUCUGAGCUGCAACCCGAACUGCCUGCAGGCUCUGGUCCGGACGGGUUCUGUCGCCCUGAUUCACCAUCACCUCUGCCAAGCUAAAGGAGGCGGGAAUGGAGAGGAGAGACAGACGGAAAGAGUGAAGGUCAAAGUGAAACAGCUAGGUGUUGGUGUUCUGAAUAACCUGCGGGUCCAGUGUGAGUCCGGUUUCGGUUCCGGCGUUGUUUCCCAUGUGAUGCUGUCGGGCUCGGAGUCGGACAGGAUGAACUGUGCGCUCUCUCUUCCUUUCUUAAGCAGCAACAAAACUCUAUUGAGGAAGCUCCUCCUCGACACCGGGGGUCUUCUUCUGGCUCUGAAACCUCUGGGUCUGUACGCGGAUGCUGACGAUGAGGAGGCGGGCGAUGAAGAUCACGCCGUGGAGUGCGGCCGCCUCCUUCCCGACCUGAUGAACCUCCCCCCCUCCGGUCGGCUCCACUCUCUGUACGUCUCUCUCCUGAUUGGAUGCUUGUCUGCGUUGACCGUUAAAACUGACGUCACCAGAAUAGACGUGAGUUUCCUGCCGCCGCCGCCGCAGUCACGCUGCAGUCCCGACGGAGACUCCGCCCCUCCCCUGAAAAAGCCCCGCCUUCUCCACGCCUGCCCGUACGCUCUGUGGAAGUUUGACCUGUUCCUGCUGCUGGACGACGGCAGCCGGCUCCCGGUCAACAGAGCGGCCGUGGGCGGCGUGGAGGGAGCGGCAGAGGAACACUCGCCGUACUUUCGGGCUCUGCUGAGGGGCGGCUUCGGAGAAGCUCACAGUAAAGCAGAAGACGCCAUAAGAAUCAAAGACACGACCACGGGAAUGCUGCUGCCGCUGCUGCAUUACCUCCACGGCUGUCGCUUUGGCGGGAGUCCGGCGUGUCCGGUUUUAGACACUUUGAUCCACGAUGGACUGAUCUGCCGAGACACCAAAGAGCUUUCAACCAAAGACGCGGUUUUUCAGAAAAGCCCUUUGGGGGAAGCGAUGAUCGGAGCGUGCCGCUUUUUGGUGGAUCCUCUGCAGAAGGAAUUAGAGGAUCUUUGCGUUUCGCUUCUGUGGUCCGGAUCCUCUGAGACUCAAAGAAAACCUGCUGCAGAUUCAGCAGAAAAGAUAAAACUGGACCAGGAGUUUGCAGAAGAGAGUCCAACAGCAGAUAUGGAGAAGAAAACGUGUUUUUCUGGAACAGAUCGAAGCAUUUGCACAGGAAUGGAUGCAGCAUCUGCAGCGUUGCAGAGUGCAGAGGAUUCAGGACCAAAGCAGACAGAGGUCCUGGCCUCUCUGCUCCCUCAGAUGUACUGCUUCUCGCAGCGCUACAACUACCCCGCCCUGCGUCGGACGUGCCUGUCCCUGCUGCUCGGCGUCCGGGACGGCCCGCCGCUGUUCCCGUCCUCGUCCGCCGCUGGAGUUUGCCUCCGUAGGUUAGCCAGGGCGGCGGACUGCACGGAGACUCUGAAGCAGGACCUCCUCCGUCUGGCCUCGGCCGCUCUGAGCUGAAGAAUCCCGACCGCAAACUUCCAGCAACUAAAAAGACCUUCAUUUUCAUCAUUCUGAAGAUGAUUUUUUUUGUUUGAUAUAAUUUGACUUUAUCGACAAGAUUUUUUUAAAUUUCUUGAAACAGUAUUACAUGAUUUUUGUUUUUUAUUUUGAAAUUGUGUAUCAGACGGAUAUCGGAGCGUUCUAGAAACGUCAUGUAGCUGGACUUAAGAGAUGCUGUAGAAAGCGGUUAUUUAUUUUGUAUAUAGAGAUGCUAUGGAACGACACACGUGCACUAACAGCUGUCAGAUAUGAGUGUGCAGCUAAAUAUAUUCUUUAUCACAUCA